AUGGUCCCAGUGGACCCCUCAACCGUAUCCUUUCACCUCUGUCACACUCCAAACACUUCUGAUCAUUUCGCUUUGCUUUGCAGCGAGGUGGAAAAAGACACCCAGAAUCUAGAUGAAACGUGCAAACAUCGUCUGCAGACAUUGAGCCGCGCGGCCGAAAAGGUCUUUGCCGAACGCGCCUUAUUGCUGGAGGAGAACCUCAUCCUGUUUGAGCAGAACAACGAAAAGACCUGUCGACAAUCCGCUGGUCAAACGGUCGUAGGACAUGCAAAAGUCAUGAGCUAUGAAGAUAUCGUUGAGGGCGCAGAAGAAACGCUACAUGACGGCGGCGAAACAAAACCUCACGCGGAAAAAGAGAUCGAAAGCCGGGGGCGGUCGGUUACCGAAUCGGAGGAGAAGCGCAAGGCUGAGCAGGAGAUCCAAGCGUGA